UUUAUCAUUACUGCGCAUGGCGAAUUCCCAAACUAGCCUCUCCCUUCCACAACGCUUCAGUUUGCCCUGACAUUAUGCGCCUGCGUACUACCAUCUAGCGACUCCAGAAUAGGGAGAAUCGGUGGGAGUUAGCAAGCUGUGUAAUGGCGGCCUCGGUGUUGCUGUCUGCGGAGAACACCGGACUUACUUUUGCGGUCGGAAAUUCUGGAACUGUAGGGGCUCCCGGGAAUGGAGUAGGGGUACCGGUUCCUGUACCUUGGAAUCGGUCACUGGACAGGGCACUAGAAGAAGCCUCCGCAACUGGUUGCCUCAACCUCAGCGGCAGGAAACUGAAGGAGUUCCCGAGGAGCGCCGCCAACCACGACCUCACAGACACAACUCGGGCUGACCUGUCCCGUAACCGUCUGCCAGAGCUGCCCUUGGAGGUGUGUAUGUUUGUCUCUUUGGAACACCUGCAGCUCUACCAGAACUGCCUGCGCUCGCUUCCUGAGAGUCUUCUCAAUCUCCAGGCCCUCACCUACCUGAACAUAAGUCGGAAUCAGUUGUCGACCCUGCCCAGUCCGGUGUGCAGUCUGCCGUUGAAGGUCCUGAUCGCUUGUAACAACAAGCUGGUCUCCCUUCCCGAAGAGCUCGGCCAACUACGACAGCUCACAGAACUGGACGUGAGUUGUAAUGAGAUCCAGACACUGCCACCUCAGGUUGGUCGACUGGACUCUCUGCGAGACCUCAACAUCCGCCGCAACCACCUGGCCCGCUUGCCCCCAGAGCUGGCUGCGUUGCCACUGGUGCGUCUGGACUUUUCUUGUAACAAGGUGACAUCCAUCCCUGUGUGUUACCGCAACCUGCGUCACCUACAGAGCAUCGUGCUGGACAACAACCCACUACAGAACCCACCUGCACAGAUUUGUAUAAAGGGGAUGAUCCAUAUAUUUAAGUAUCUGAACAAUGAGGCCAGCAAGACUACACCUGAGCUCCCAGACUACGACAGGAGACCACUUGCCUUCGGAUCCUGUGUGGAGGAGCUGUACCCUGGCCGGCCAUACGGAGCGCUGGACUCUGGCUUCAACAGUGUGGACAGUGGAGACAAGAGAUGGUCAGGCAACGAGCCCACGGAUGAGUUGUCAGACCUGCCACUGCGUGUGGCAGAGAUAACUAAAGAACAGAGACAGCGGAGGGAAAGGGAGGAGCACAGGACAACUGGCUCCCAUUCUGUGACCAAUGGCACAUUAGAGGCAGAGCUGGAGCAGAUCGACUUUAUAGACAGUUGUACAGGAGAGGAGGAGGAGGAAGAGGAGGAGGGUAGGAGAGAAGUAGCAGAAACCAUCAGCCUCAGUUCCCAGUUCAUGGCUUACAUUGAGCACCGCGUCACCAGAGAGGGCUCUCCAGUCAAGUCCAACUCCUCCAGAGACUUGAGGACAGAUGACCCGAGGCGACACAAUUCUCUGCAGAACAGGACUGCACAUGAUCCAGCCUCUUCUGCCUCUAAUCAGAGAGGGUCAGUGGCCAGGGUUGGUCCGUGCGGGGGCGUGGAGCGUGUGCGGAGGAUGGCCCAGUUGGCCGCCCUGCGGUACGAGGAGGAGAGGCAGAAGUCGCGAUCAGUGCAGCGGGACACCGUCAUGACCUACGUCAAGCACAAAGCAUAUCAAAGCCCUACCAAGCUGAGUCCCACAGAGAACGAGAACACGUACCCCUCCAGGCGUUCUACCCACACGGACGACUCGGCCCUCUUCAUGCAGGGCGAGGAUCGCUCCUCCUCCCUGUCUCCCACAGCCCUCCAAUCACCUUCUUACCCCGGCCCUGUUGCACCGCCCUUCUGCCAGGGGCCCGCCCAGCGGCCAGACAGCUUCUUGUUUCGCCUCAUCCAGAAGGAAGAGCAGAGGAGAGGUGAUGGUGCCGCCCCCAGGCCGGAGCCUGAAGAGGUGACCCCUACCCAGCCUCAAGGCCCCAUGGGAGAGGAGGCUGCUCUAGUGGAGCAACUGCGGAAGAACAUAGAGUCCCGUCUGAAAGUGUCCUUGCCCAGCGACCUGGGAGCAGCACUGACCGACGGGGUCGUCCUCUGCCAUCUGGCAAAUCAUGUACGGCCACGAUCCGUACCCAGUAUCCAUGUGCCCUCCCCUGCUGUGCCCAAACUGACAAUGGCCAAGUGUCGGCGGAAUGUGGAGAACUUUCUGGAGGCGUGUCGCAGGAUCGGGGUUCCACAGGAGAGGCUGUGCACAGUGGAGGAGGUUCUGGAUGGCCGGGGAGGCUGUGUUUACGGGACGCUGGGGGUCCUGCUUUCCAUGGCUCCUCCCCCCCCUCCUAAUGCCUUCUCCCCCCGGCCCAGCUGGCAGGCUUCGCCCUCUUCUAUCUGUCCAUCAUGUCUGUGCUGUGUGCCCUGUACUGCAACCUGGUGCCCCACCUCUGAACUGUCUGUCUGGACCACACAACCCCUUCCUCACCUUAUCAACUGGCUCUCCACCACUCGUACACACACAUGCACGCUCACACACCACUCGCACUCCUACGCGCUUCUCAUUUCAUAUUGCGCCGACUCCCAUCACCACAGCGGUAUCCAUUCAGACGCAGCAGAACUCGACAAGGGAAAAACACAAGAAUGAGAGUGGACCGCUCUGUCCCACUCUACCAUAACAAAGAGGAGCGCUCGCCACUGCCUGGUUUGCCAUCCACUGAAAAGGGAACAACUCCAUAUGCCAAAAACCAUAUAGUAGGUUUUAUCUUUUGUUGUUCCAGUUGUUUUUUGGGGAAGGUUACUUGCUUCCACUUGAGGAGUGGCAAGGUGGACCUUCAAUGCUCCCUCGUUACCCUUCUGUCAUGUACGGCACUGCCCCCAUUGAGAGAGACAGCGAGACCCUGGAGGUUGCUGUGUUGUCAAUGAGCUGUCUGCUACUGUACCUACCUACUGAACCUCCUUCUGUGCCUUAAGUUUGUCCGCCUGCCGAAGUGUGUGCAUGUGUUUUUUAGAUGGAACCUUCCCACCCGAAAGCGCUUCCAUUGCACAGAUAACAUCAAAGUAGUUCUUGUCAUAUGUAGCCUACGUGCUUCCUCCUCCCCGACUGCCCCUGAGAAGAACCAACCACGAGUAAUCUGACCAAUCAACGCCAAGCGCUUCUCUUCUCUCCUGUCUCGAACACGGCUUAGCCUUAGCUGCAAAGUCAGUCGGACGUUUUUGCCUAAUCAAGAAGAGAGCAGGUAGCCGAGGGUAAUUUGUAAGCCUUUGAGUCCUUGCUGACGCACAAUCAGGUAUCCAACAGGCACCUUUUUCUCCUUGACUGUCUGUGAUCGAGCCCCCCUCUGUCCUAAUGCUCAUUUUGUGGCUCGGGGGUGAUGUUACCCCUAGGUACAGAUCUAGGAUCUGCUUCCCCUUCCCCAAUCCUAACCUUAGUGGAACUGAAAUUCUCAAAUCAACCUACAUUUUACAUGUCGACAUUAGGUAACGUUGUUGAACGUGAUGAUAUGAAAAUGCUUUUAAAACAUAUGAUAGGUUUUAGAGCACCGAAUACAAGCUUGGAAAGAUGUGGCCACAGCCAUAUUGAAAAAACGUCAUGGGAAUAGUGGAGUGUCCGCGCCGAACUGUACUUUUUGAUCAAGACUGAUUAAGAUGUGAAUAAACGAAAAGCUAAAACUACCCAUUUGAGAUGGAACAACAAUAAAAUAAUAACAAUCAUGUUAAAAAGCCUGUAUAGUCCUGUCAAAAAAUCCACUUGCAUAAGUUUUGAGCUUAGUCAGAUAUAGGUUACAUAAGUGAUUUUCACAGGGGCAGGGGCAUCGGCUCUACUGUUUCCCUACAUAUUAGUAAGGAGCUAAAUACAUGAUGUCCACAAUAGCAAAGCAGUUAGCCAGCAUUGAAUAAACUUGUAUAGUCCAGUCAAUAACCCAAUUGCACAUGUUUUUGUGUUCAUUCAGCGAGCAAGGUCUAGCUGUGUUAAACAUUACAGUAGUUUAGACGGGCAUCGAUCGUACUGUUAGCCGAAGUUAGCCAUCAAGCUAGCUAAGAGCAAAAAGCUUAGCUAACCGCAUGGUAGUGCCCACAAUAAUAGUCACUUUUUUGUUGGCACAUGGUGUACACUAUGCAUAAAACAGUAUUCAAUAUGGUUUGCCGUUAGGGACUUCAGAUGUGCCAAACCUAAGCGAGGCUAGCUGGGCUAGAAACAGCUGACUAGUAAAACAAAUAUUCAGUUAAUGCAAGCUAACGUCAGCUACAGACAUGUAGGUUGUUCAAUUUCCACUCCUAUUGAAUCAAUUGCAGCUAGUAGUCAGACUUACCAUAUGAUGCUGCCAGUAUCCAUAGUAAAAUCCUGCACUGUCGCAAGCUGUUCUGAUAAAAUCACUAGCUAGCUAACUAACGAAAUAUCCAUCAAUGAUAGCUGAGCUUGGCGUGGUUUUGGUCUAGCUACCUAGCUAUGAUAGCCCAACUUGCACAGUGUAUAAGUUGAUUUUUUUAUUUCAUUUACAUUACAUUUAAGUCAUUUAGCAGACGCUCUUAUCCAGAGCGACUUACAAAUUGGUGCAUUCACCUUAUGAUAUCCAGUGGAACA